AUGAUUGCGCAGCGGGUGGGCGUGUCGGCCCUGCGCCGAGCGGCAGGAAAGCCCUCCGUAUUCUUCAACAGCCAGAUCCCCAAGGUCGUCGCGGCCUCCAACAUGUCCACGACCCAGAUUCGCCCCGUCGCAACCACCAAGGUGUCUGUCGCCGAUGGCAAUGAGAUUCUCGCCAAGCAGCGCCUCAGCCGUCCCAUCUCGCCGCAUUUGACCAUCUACAAGCUCGAGCAGACCUGGUUCGGCGCCUCCAUCUGGACCCGUAUCACCGGCGGUACCCUCUCCGCCGCCUUCUACGUCUACUUCGGCACCUACCUCGUUGCCCCCCUGCUCGGCUGGCACAUCGAGUCAGCGUCGCUCAUCUCCGCCGUCGGCGCCCUCCCCGUCGCUGCCAAGGCCGGUCUCAAGUUCCUCGUCGCCUGGCCCUUCACCUUCCACUUCUUCAACGGCAUUCGCCAUCUCACCUACGACUUCGCCCUCGGCUUCUCCAAGCCCGACAUCAUCAAGUGGGGCUGGGUCAUCUGGUCCACCUCGCUGGUUUCGGCGCUUGGAUUGGCUUUCGCGUGGUAA